AUGCUGUACAUCGUCGGGCUCGGCCUCGGUGACGAGCGCGCCAUCACGGUGCGGGGGCUCGAUGCCAUCCGCAUCUGCGCCAAGAUUUACAUGGAGGCCUGCACCUCCCUCCUGUCCCUCGGCCUCGACCCCUCUGCGCUCCCGAACCUCGAGAAGCUGUACGGGAAGGAGAUCACGGUCGCCGACCGGGAGAUGGUGGAGGAGCGCGCCGACCAGGUGCUGCGCGAGGCUGCCGACGCCGAUGUCGCCUUCCUCGUCGUCGGCGACCCGUUCGGGGCAACUACACAUACUGAUUUGGUUGUUCGUGCCAAGAACAUGGGAGUAGAUGUGAAGGUGAUCCAUAAUGCAUCCAUCAUGAAUGCAAUUGGAGUUUGUGGGCUGCAACUUUACCGCAAUGGCGAGACUAUCUCCAUACCGUUCUUCACGGAGACAUGGAGACCAGAUAGUUUCUAUGACAAGAUUCAGAACAAUCGCCGGCUUGGGCUGCACACACUUGCCUACUUGGUUCAUAUUCGUGUAAAGGAGUCGACAUGGGAGUCUUUAUGCAGAGGAAAGAAAGUUUAUGAACCACCAAGAUUCAUGACCGUAAACACUGCAAUAAGUCAGCUUUUGGAGGUGGAGGAAGCGCAUGGGGGAUCUGUACAUGGCAGGGAUUCACUAUGCAUUGGAUUGGCGCGCCUUGGAAGUGAUGAUCAGAAGAUCAUUGCUGGCCCUAUGGUGAAGCUACUAGAUGUUGAUUUUGGACCACCCCUUCACUGCCUGAUCAUAGCGGGAGUGACUCAUCCAUUGGAAGAAGAGAUGCUAGAAUUCUACAUGAUCAAGUGGUGA